GGGGCCCGCGGGUAGCGCUGGCCGCCGGCCGUGAGCGGCUCUCGCCCGAGAGCAGUGGCCCCUACCCGCAGCAGUGGGCAUUCGUGCUGGGAGAGGUGCCGGGUUUGCCGCAGGAGCCACCAUGGCUAGUUGCAGCUGUCAGGGCUGCGUGGAGGACGAGGAAACUCUGAAGAAGUUGAUAGUCAGGCUGAAUAAUGUUCAAGAAGGCAAACAGAUAGAAACGCUGGUCCAAAUCCUGGAAGACAUGCUGGUGUUCACCUACUCGGACCAUGCCUCCAAGUUAUUUGAAGGCAAAAAUUUCCACGUGCCUCUGUUGAUCGUCCUGGACUCCUAUAUGAGAGUUGCCAGCGUGCAGCAGGUGGGUUGGUCACUUCUAUGCAAAUUAAUAGAGGUCUGUCCAGGAACAAUGCAGAGCUUAAUGGGACCCCAUGAUAUUGGAAAUGACUGGGAAGUCCUUGGUGUUCACCAACUGAUUCUUAAAAUGCUAACCGUUCAUAAUGCCAGUGUAAACCUGUCAACAAUUGGACUGAAGGCCUUAGAUCUCUUCCUAACUUCAGGUAAAAUCACUUUGAUGAUAUUGGAAGAAGAGAGUGAUAUUUUCUUGUUAAUUUUUGAUGCCAUGCGUACAUUUUCAGCCAAUGAUGAAGUCCAGAAACUUGGAUGCAAAGCUUUACAUGUGCUGUUUGAAAGAGUGUCUGAGGAACAACUCAUUGAAUUUGUUGAGAACAAGGAUUAUAUAAUAUUGUUGAGUGCAUUAAAGAAUUUUAAAGGUGAAGAGGAAAUUGUGCUUCAUGUACUACACUGUUUACAUUCCUUAGCAAUUCCUUGCAACAAUGUAGAAGUCCUCAUGAGUGGCAAUGUCAGGUGCUACAAUAUUGUGGUGGAAGCCAUGAAAGCAUUCCCUGUCCAUGAAAAAAUUCAAGAAGUGAGUUGCUGUUUGCUGUAUAGGCUUACAUUAGGUAAUUUUUUUAAUAUCCUGGUAUUAAACGAGGUACACGAGUUUGUGGUGAAAGCUGUGCAGCAGUAUCCAAAGAACGCAGCGUUACAGAUCUCAGCACUCAGCUGCUUAGCACUUCUCACUGAGACCAUUUUCUUAAAUCAAGACUUAGAAGAAAGGAAUCCGGACAAUGAUGAAGAGGAGGGAGAAGAUAAAUGGUUCUGGCUGGAAGCCUGUUACCGAGCCUUAACGUGGCAUAGGAAGAACAAACAUGUGCAGGAGGCCGCAUGCUGGGCACUAAAUAAUCUCCUUAUGUACCAAAACAGUUUACAUGAGAAGAUUGGAGAUGAAGAUGGCCAGUUCCCAGCUCAUAGGGAAGUGAUGCUGUCCAUGCUCAUGCAUUCUUCAUCAAAAGAAGUUUUCCAGGCAUCUGCAAAUGCAUUGUCGACCCUCUUAGAACAAAAUGUUAAUUUUAGAAAAAUCCUGUUGUCAAAAGGAAUAUACCUGAAUGUUUUGGAGUUAAUGCAGAAGCAUACACAUUCUCCAGAAGUGGCUGAAAGUGGCUGUAAAAUGCUAAAUCAUCUUUUUGAAGGAAGUAACACUUCGCUGGAUACAAUGGCAGCAGUGGUCCCCAAAAUAAUAACAGUUAUGAAAAGUCAUGAGACAUCAUUAUCAGUGCAGCUGGAGGCACUUCGAGCUAUUUUACAUUUUAUAGUGCCAGGCAUGCCAGAAGAAUCCAGUGAUGAAUCUCAGCAUAAGCUAAAUAUGGUUAAAAAACAGUGUUUCAAGAAUGAUAUUCACAAACUGGUCUUAGCAGCUUUGAACAGGUUCAUUGGAAAUCCUGGAAUUCAGAAAUGUGGCUUAAAAGUAAUUUCUUCUUUAGUACAUUUCCCUGAUGCAUUGGGGAUAUUAUCCUUGGAAGGUGCUAUUGAUUCAGUACUCCACACGCUGCAGAUGUAUCCAGAUGACCAAGAAAUUCAGUGUCUGGGUUUAAGUCUUAUAGGAUGCUUGAUUACAAAGAAGAAUUUAAGUGUAGGAACUGGGCAUCUGCUGGCAAAAAUUCUGGUUUCCAGUUUACAACGAUUUAAAGAUGUUGCUGAAGUACAGAUUAAAGGAUUUCAGACGAUCUUGGCGAUAUUUGAAUUGUCAGUAUCCUUUCCCAAGCUGCUGGUGCAUCAUUCAUUUGAUUCAGUAAUAUUCCAUCAGAUGUCUUCCAAUAUCAUGGAACAAAAGGAUCCACAGUUUCUAAACCUCUGUUGUAAAUGCUUUGCAAAAUUAGCUAUGGAUGAUGAGUUAAAAAGUGUGAUGCUGGAGAGAGCAUGUGAUCAGAAUAAUAGCAUCAUGGUUGAAUGCCUGCUGCUGCUGGGAGCUGACGCUAAUCAAGCAAACGAAGCAACUUCCUUAAUUUGUCAGGUAUGUGAGAAAGAGAGCAGUCCCAAAUUGGUGGAACUGUUACUGAACAGUGGAGCCCGAGAACAAGAUGUGCGGAAAGCACUGACAAUAAGUAUUGGGAAAGGUGACAGCCAGAUCAUCAGCUUGCUCCUUAGGAGGCUCGCUCUGGAUCUGGCCAACAACAGCAUUUGCCUUGGAGGUUUCUGCAUAGGGAAAAUUGAGCCUUCUUGGCUUGGUCCUUUAUUUCCAGAUAAGACAUCUAAUUUAAGGAAACAAACAAAUAUAGGAUCUAUACUAGCAAGAAUGGUGCUCAGAUAUCAGAUGAAAAGUGCUGUGGAAGAAGGAGCAGCUUCAGGCAGUGUUGGAAAUUUUUCUGAGGAUGUACUUGAUAAAUUUGAUGAAUGGACCUUUAUUCCGGAUUCUUCUAUGGACAGUGUAUUUGGUCAAAGUGAUGAUCUGGACAGUGAAGGAAGUGAAGGUUCAUUUCUUGUGAAAAAGAAAUCAAAUUCGAUUAGUGUAGGAGAAUUCUACCGUGAUCCUGUCCCGUUGCAGCGUUGCUCACCAAAUUUGCAAAGACAUUCUAAUUCAUUGGGGCCUAUUUUUGAUCAUGAAGACUUACUGAGGCGAAAAAGAAAAAUAUUUUCUUCAGAUGAUUCACUCAGGUCAUCAAAACUUCAGUCCCAUAUGAGGCAUUCAGACAGCAUUUCUUCCCUGGCUUCUGAGAGAGAAUAUAUUACAUCAUUAGACCUUUCAGCAAAUGAACUCAGAGAUAUUGAUGCCCUGAGCCAGAAAUGCUGUAUAAGUGGCCAUUUGGAGCAUCUUGAAAAGCUGGAGCUUCACCAGAAUGCACUCACGAGCUUCCCACAGCAGCUAUGUGAAACUCUGAAGUGUUUGACACAUUUGGAUUUGCACAGUAAUAAAUUUACAUCAUUUCCCUCUUACUUGUUGAAAAUGAAUUGUAUCCUCAACCUUGAUGUCUCUCGUAAUGACAUCGGACCCCUGGUAGUUUUGGAUCCUGCAGUGAAGUGCCCAUCGCUGAAGCAGUUUAACCUGUCUUAUAACCAGCUUUCUGCUGUUCCUGAGAACCUCUCGAAUGUGGUGGAGAAACUUGAACAGCUCAUUUUAGAAGGAAAUAAAAUAUCAGGGAUAUGUUCCCCUAUGAGCCUGAAGGAACUAAAGACUUUAAACCUUAGUAAAAACCAAAUUUCAUCUCUACCAGAGAACUUUCUUGAGGCUUCUCCAAAAGUGGAGAGUUUCAGUGCCAGAAUGAACUGUCUUGCUGCUAUGCCUUUCUUGCCUUCUUCUAUAACAAGCCUAAAAUUAUCUCAAAACAAAUUUACAUGUAUUCCAGAUGCAAUUUUAAAUCUACCACACUUGCGGUCCUUAGAUAUGAGCAGCAAUGAUAUUGAAUGUCUGCCAGGUCCUGCACACUGGAAAUCUUUGAACUUAAGGGAACUUUUAUUUAGCUAUAAUCAGAUCAGCAUCUUGGACUUGAGUGAGAAAGCAUACACAUGGUCUAGAGUAGAGAAACUACAUCUUUCUCAUAAUAAAUUGAAAGAGAUUCCUCCUGAGAUUGGCUGUCUUGAAAAUCUGACAUCUCUUGAUGUUAGUUACAACUUGGAACUGAGAUCUUUUCCCAAUGAGAUGGGAAAAUUAAGCAAAAUAUGGGAUCUUCCUUUGGAUGAAUUGCGUCUUAAUUUUGAUUUUAAACACAUAGGAUGUAAAGCCAAAGACAUCAUAAGGUUUCUUCAACAGCGGUUAAAAAAGGCUGUGCCCUAUAACAGAAUGAAACUUAUGAUUGUGGGAAAUACUGGGAGUGGUAAAACCACCUUAUUGCAGCAACUGAUGAAAAUCAAGAAAUCAGAUCUUGGAAUGCAGGGGCCCACGGUUGGCAUAGAUGUGAAAGACUGGCCUAUUCUAAUAAGAGGCAAAAAGAAGAAAGACCUCAUUCUAAACGUUUGGGAUUUUGCAGGUCGUGAGGAAUUCUACAGUACUCAUCCCCAUUUCAUGACCCAACGGGCAGUGUAUCUCGCUGUCUAUGACCUUAGCAAAGGGCAGGCUGAAGUGGACGCCAUGAAGCCCUGGCUCUUCAACAUAAAGGCUCGGGCUUCUUCAUCCCCUGUGAUUCUUGUUGGCACGCAUUUGGAUGUUUCUGAUGAGAAGCAGCGCAAAGCCUGCAUAAGCAAAAUCACCAAGGAGCUCUUGAAUAAGCGAGGGUUCCCUGCAAUACGAGAUUACCACUUUGUGAAUGCCACGGAAGAGUCUGACGCUUUGGCAAAACUUCGGAAAACCAUCAUAAAUGAGAGUCUCAAUUUCAAGAUUCGAGAUCAGCCUGUCGUUGGGCAGCUAAUUCCAGACUGCUAUGUAGAACUUGAGAAAAUCAUUUUAUCAGAGCGUAAAAAUGUGCCAAUCGAAUUUCCUGUAAUUGAUCGGAAACGAUUAUUACAACUAGUGAAAGAAAAUCAGCUGCAGUUAGAUGAAAAUGAGCUUCCUCAUGCAGUUCACUUCCUAAAUGAAUCAGGAGUCCUUCUUCAUUUUCAAGACCCAGCACUGCAGUUAAGCGACUUAUAUUUUGUGGAACCCAAGUGGCUUUGUAAAGUCAUGGCCCAGAUUUUGACAGUAAAAGUGGAAGGCUAUCCAAAACAUCCUAAGGGAAUUAUUUCACGUAGAGAUGUGGAAAAAUUUCUUUCAAAGAAAAGGAGAUUUCCGAAGAACUACAUGACACAGUAUUUUAAACUCCUAGAAAAAUUCCAGAUUGCUUUGCCAACAGGAGAAGAAUAUUUGCUGGUUCCAAGCAGUUUGUCGGACCACAGACCUGUGAUAGAACUUCCCCAUUGUGAGAACUCAGAAAUUAUCAUUCGACUGUAUGAAAUGCCUUAUUUUCCAAUGGGAUUUUGGUCAAGAUUAAUCAAUCGAUUACUUGAAAUUUCACCUUACAUGCUUUCAGGAAGAGAGCGAGCACUUCGCCCAAACAGAAUGUACUGGAGACAAGGCAUUUAUUUGAAUUGGUCUCCUGAAGCUUACUGUUUGGUAGGAUCUGAAGUCUUAGACAAUCACCCAGAGAGCUUCUUAAAAAUUACAGUUCCUUCUUGUAGAAAAGGCUGUAUUCUUCUGGGCCAAGUUGUGGACCACAUCGAUUCUCUCAUGGAGGAAUGGUUUCCUGGGUUGCUGGAGAUUGAUAUUUGUGGUGAAGGAGAAACUCUGUUGAAGAAAUGGGCAUUAUACAGUUUUAAUGAUGGUGAAGAACAUCAGAAAAUCUUACUUGAUGACUUGAUGAAGAAAGCAGAAGAAGGAGACCUCCUAGUAAAUCCAGAUCAACCAAGACUUACUAUUCCAAUAUCUCAGAUUGCUCCUGACUUGAUUCUUGCUGACCUGCCUAGAAAUAUUAUGUUGAAUAAUGAUGAGUUGGAAUUUGAGCAAGCUCCAGAGUUUCUCUUAGGUGAUGGCAGUUUUGGAUCAGUUUAUCGAGCAGCCUAUGAAGGAGAGGAAGUGGCUGUGAAGAUUUUCAAUAAACAUACCUCACUUAGGCUAUUAAGACAAGAGCUGGUAGUGCUUUGCCACCUCCACCACCCCAGCUUGAUAUCUUUGCUGGCAGCUGGGAUUCGUCCUCGGAUGUUGGUGAUGGAGCUAGCCUCCAAGGGUUCCUUGGAUCGCCUGCUUCAGCAGGACACAGCCAGCCUCACCAGGACCCUCCAGCACAGAAUCGCACUGCAUGUGGCUGAUGGCUUGAGAUAUCUACAUUCAGCCAUGAUCAUAUACCGUGACUUGAAGCCUCACAAUGUACUGCUUUUUACCCUGUAUCCCAAUGCUGCCAUCAUUGCGAAGAUUGCCGACUAUGGGAUUGCUCAGUACUGCUGUAGAAUGGGGAUAAAAACAUCAGAGGGCACACCAGGGUUUCGUGCACCUGAAGUUGCCAGAGGAAAUGUCAUUUAUAACCAACAGGCUGACGUUUAUUCAUUUGGUUUGCUACUCUAUGACAUUUUGACAACUGGAAGUAGAAUAGUAGAGGGAUUGAAGUUUCCAAAUGAGUUUGAUGAAUUAGCAAUACAAGGAAAAUUGCCUGAUCCAGUUAAAGAAUAUGGUUGUGCCCCAUGGCCUAUGGUUGAAGAGUUAAUUAAAAAGUGUUUGAAAGAAAAUCCUCAAGAAAGGCCUACUUCUGCCCAGGUCUUUGACAUUUUGAAUUCAGCUGACUUAAUCUGUCUGAUGAGACACAUUUUAAUACCCAAAACCCUUAUUGUUGAAUGCAUGGUUGCUACAAAUCCUAACAGCAAGAAUGCACGAGUUUGGUUCGGCUGUGGGCACACUGACAAAGGUCAGCUCUUGUUUCUUGACUUAAACACUGAAGGACUCACUUCUGAGGAGGUAGCUGAUAGUACUAUACUGUGCUUGGCCUUGGUGCAUCUUCCUGCCGAAAAGCAAAGCUGGAUUGUGUGUGGGACACAGUGUGGUACUCUCCUGGUCAUCAAUACCGAAGACGGAAGUAAGAGACACACCCUUGAAAAGAUGACUGAUGCCGUUACCUGUUUGUAUUGCAAUUCCUUUUCUAAGCAAAGCAAGCAAAAGAAUUUUCUUUUGGUGGGAACUGCUGAUGGCAAUUUAGUGAUUUUUGAAGAUAAGGCUGUUAAGUGUAAAGGAGCUGCUCCUUUGAAGACACUAAAUAUAGGAAAUGUCAGCACUCCACUGAUGUGUUUGAGUGAAUCCGUGAAUUCAGCUGAAAAGAACAUCAUGUGGGGAGGAUGUGGCACAAAGGUUUUCUCUUUUUCUAAUGAUUUCACUGUUCAGAAACUCAUUGAGACAAGGACAAAUCAACUGUUUUCUUAUGCAGCUUUCAGUGAUUCCAAUAUCAUAGCUGUGGCAGUAGAGACAGCUCUCUAUAUUGCUAAGAAAAAUAGCCCUGUUGUGGAAGUGUGGGAUAAGAAAACUGAAAAGCUCUGUGAACUCAUAGACUGUGUACACUUUUUAAAGGAGAUAAUGGUAAAAAUAAAUAAGGAAUCAAAGCACAAAAUGUCGUAUUCCGGGAGAGUGAAAACUCUUUGCCUUCAGAAGAACACUGCUCUCUGGAUAGGAACUGGAGGAGGCCAUAUUUUACUCCUUGAUCUUUCAACUCGUCGAGUUAUACGCAUAAUUAACAACUUCUGUGAUUCUGUUAGAGUCAUGAUGGCGGCACAGUUAGGAAGCCUUAAAAAUGUCAUGCUGGUUUUGGGGUACAAACGGAAAACUACCGAAGGUAUACAACAACAAAAAGAGAUACAAUCUUGCUUGUCUGUUUGGGACAUCAAUCUUCCACAUGAAGUGCAAAAUUUAGAAAAACACAUUGAAGUGAGAAAAGAAUUAGCAGAAAAAAUGAAAAGAACAUCUGUUGAAUAAGGUAUCAGAAGUCUUUGUCUUUAGAUAGGAAAAUUAUCUCUUGUAAAUAUCUCUUUAAAAUAUUUAUGUUAAAAGGAAUACUUCUAUCCUUUGAAACAACUCGUGUAUAUGAAUAAAUGUUUAUAUGUUUUAUUUUUAAUUUAAA